UAUAUUCUAUAGACAUGUUCUUUGUGGGUACCAUUGCAAUUACAUAAAACAAGUUAAAGUUAUAACCAUCUAUUUUAUUUUUUUAAAUUCUUUUUUACAUUUACUUAUUUUUGAGAGACAGUGAGGCAGAGCAUGAGCAGAGGAAGGACAGAGAGGGAAGAAGACACAGAAUCUGAAGCAGGCUCCAGGCUCUGAGCAAUCAUUCAGGGCAGAGCCCAAUGUGGGCUUGAGCCAUGAGAUCGUGACCUGAGCCAAAGUCGGACACUUAACCAACUGAGCCACCCAGGCACCCCAUUUUUAAAUUUUUUUUAAUGUUUAUUCAUGUUCGAGAGACAGAGACAGAGCAUGAAUGGGGCAGGGGCAGGGAGAGAGGGAGACAGAAUCCAAAGCAGGCUCCAGGCUCUGAGCUAUCAGCGCAGAGCCUGAUGCAGGGCUCAAACUUGCAGAUGGCAAGAUCAUGACCUGAGCUGAAGUUGGUCGCAUAACCGACUGAGUCACCCAGUUCUCUAUUUUAAACUGAGAACAACUGAACUUCAACUGUAUAUGAAAAUUAUUUUGUGUAUUUGCCUCCAUCCCACUUUGUUGUUAAUGACACAAUUAUCCUUUUUAUAUUGCAUGUCCAUUAACAUAAAUUUACAUUGACUCUUUAUGCUUUUAAAAAUCUAAAUUAGAUUUAUAAGUGAUUUACUCACCUACAUUACAAUAAUACAGGAAUUUAUAUUUCCUUUACUAGGGAAUUUUUCAUUUGAUAUCGUUUUGUGUUGCUAUUCAUCACCCAUUCACUUCAACUUGUAGAACCUUCAGUGUUUCUUGUAGGGCAGAUCCAGUGUGAUGAAUUCCCUCAGCUUUGACUUAUCUGGAUGUUCUUAGUAGCCCUGUCACUCAGCUUUAUGUGUAAGGCACUCGGUGGAGUUGUUAUGAAAAGUUCCAUCACUCAGAUAGAAAAGAGAUUUGACAUAUCAUCUUCUGUUUCUGGCUUAAUUGAUGGAGGCUUUGAAAUGGGAAAUUUGUUUGUGAUUGUAUUUGUGAGUUACUUUGGAUCCAAACUACACAGACCAAAGAUAAUUGGAAUUGGUUGCUUCAUUAUGGGAACUGGAAGUAUUUUGACUGCUUUACCACAUUUUUUUAUGGGCUAUUACAGGUAUUCUAAAGAAAGUCUUGUCAAUCCAUCAGAAAAUUUAACAAGCUUUUCAACCUGUUCAAUUAGUGAAAAUUUGUUACUCAAUAGUACAUCACCUAAGAUAGUAGAAAAAGGUUGUGAAAAGGAAUCUGGAUCAUAUCUAUGGAUAUAUGUACUACUGGGUAAUAUGCUCCGUGGAAUUGGGGAAACCCCCAUAGUACCCUUGGGGAUUUCUUAUAUUGAUGAUUUUGCUGAAACAGGACAUUCUUCUUUUUAUUUAGGUACUUUGCAUGCAAUAUCAAUGAUUGGUCCAAUCAUUGGCUUUAUACAGGGAUCUCUGUUUGCUAAAAUGUACGUGGAUAUUGGAUAUGUAGAUCUCAGCAGUAUCAGAAUUACUCCUAAGGACUCUCGUUGGGUUGGUGCUUGGUGGCUUGGUUUCCUUGUGGCUGGACUAUUAUCCAUUAUGUCCUCCAUUCCAUUCUUUUUCCUGCCCCAAAAUCUGGAUAAACCACAGAAAGAAAGUAAAGAUUUAGGAUAUUCGCAUUUCCCCAAAACAAAUGAGAAAAGGAGUCAAAUAGCUAAUGUGACCAACCGUGGGCAAAAUAUUAGUGAAAAUAUAACUGAUUUUUUCCAGUCCUUGAAAAGCAUCCUUACCAAUCCCCUAUAUGUUAUAUUACUGUUUUCAUCAUUGCUACUGUCCAGCAGCCAUAUUGGUGCUAUUACUUAUGUCUUCAAAUACAUAGAGCAACAGUAUGGUCAGUCAGCAUCUGAGGCUAACGUUUUUCUUGGAACCAUAACCUUACCAACUGUUGCAACUGGAAUAUUUACAGGAGGAUAUAUCAUUAAAAAAUUCAAACUUAGCUUGCUUGGAAUUGCCAAAUUAUCAUUUUAUACCAGCGCAUUGGCCCUCAUAUUUCAACAAUUCAACUUUGCAGUAAUUUGUGAAAGCAAAUCAGUUGCUGGCCUAACAUUGACCUAUGAUGGAAGUAAUCCAGUGGCAUCUCACAUAAAUGUACCACUUUCUUAUUGCAACUCAGACUGCAAUUGUGAUGAAAGUCACUGGGAACCUGUCUGUGGAGCCAAUGGAGUAACUUACAUGUCACCUUGUCUAGCAGGUUGCAAAUCUUCAAGUGGCAAUAAAAAGUCUAUAGUGUUUUAUAACUGUAGUUGUGUGGAAGUAACUGGUGUCCAGAACAAAAAUAAUUCAGUGAAUUUGGGUGAAUGCCCAAGAGACAAUCAUUGUACAAAAAAAUUUUAUAUUUAUGUACUGGUGCAAGUCUUGAAUUAUUUUUUCUCUUCAUUGGGAAGCACCCCAACUAUCAUGCUGGUUUUUAAAAAUGUUCAACCUCAGCUGAAAUCCCUUGCAGUGGGUUUCCAUUCACUAACUAUACGAGCAUUAGGAGGAAUUCCAGCUCCUAUAUAUUUUGGGGCUCUGAUUGAUAAAACAUGUAUGAAGUGGUCUACCAGCAGCUGUGGGAAACGAGGGUUUUGCAGGUUGUAUAACUCCAGAUUAUAUGGAAAUACCUACUUGGGCUUGAUUGUGAGCUUAAGAUUUUCAGCACUUAUUCUGCUUGUUGUAUUAAUUUUCACUAUGAAGAAAAUAUAUCAAGGAAAAAAUACCAAGGCAUCAGAAAAUGGAAGAAAAGAUAUGAAUGAAGCAAACUUAGAACCCUUAAAUAAUGAUGGAUAUUUUGUACCUUCUUCGGACAAUGAAGCACAUAUGUAAGGGGAAGAAAAGAAUAUGUUGCUGUGUUUUACACUAACAUUGUAUUAAAGUAGUAGGAUGUUAUUUUGAGCA